GCUACGCUCAGGCAAGUUCAGAAGCACACCUCUGCUAAAGUAGUAAAGCGCUUGUGUCGCAAGAUUAAAGUACGUAGGCGCACCUUAGAGUAACGUAUGACUGUCACUUUUCUGCACUUCUUACAAAUAAAAGCAAGGAAAAAGCAUGCAGAGAAAGAUCUUGGUUUCCUACGAAUUGGCUCGUUGAACGUUCGCGUGAAACGUACGACGGAAGCCUUCAGCCAAUUCUUGGGAGUGGCAUCCAGCAGCACGGCUAACAACGAGAAGAUUCACAAGUCGUGGGGAUCCGCGGAUAACGUGCAGCUGGACCAAAAGAUAAUGCCACCGCCUAAGUACGCGCCUAUCAAGAAGCGAAGGAGCAGACGGCCGCAGGACUUCGGCUCAUCGCAAGAUAAACAGCAAGCCGCCAGUCAACCGACUACCCCGUUGCUUCAGGGCAAGGUCAGCCGACCAAACCGGGCUGUUCAACGUCGACCGACGUCCACAACGUCCGUCAGCUCUGGCUCUAUCGCGUCCAGCGGUAUCCAGCAGAACGGCGAUUCGGACUCCGACACAGCUUGCGGCUUCGACUCCGCAUGGCGAGGAUCAGCUCAGCUCUAAUUAACGUAAUUCGCCAUCCCCUAGGCAUCGUCGCCUUAUGCUUAUUCAUAAGUAUGAAAGAGCUCUAUCUCUCUUCGGAGAUUGCAAUAUCGUUAGCAAGCCCUUUUUAUUCGGAAACUCAGAUGUCUAUAUGUGAAUGAUUCUCGCGAAUAUUAUGAUCAAAAUAAAAGUAAAAAUGUGUUUCUCUCAACAUAAAACGGACAUUUCAAAAUUGUUGUAUGGAUUUUUUUUUUGUACCUUAUUUACAGAUCGCUCUGCUUAUUGUGUUAUAGGGUUUUAAUUGUUACUUUACAUAUUACAGAAUACUAGAUAUAUGAAAAAAUACAUAUCCAUUUUUAUCUGUUAAAGUUUUAUCAGUAAUUUUUAUUUUCAAAACAAUGUGCAGUGUUUCUUUUUUAAUAAAUAGACAAUUUUAAAUCUUUAUGUAAUGUACGAAACUUAGAGAAAGAAAAACAACAAUUUGAUGUUUGAAUACGUUUAUCUUUGUGUAGCGAGAUCAAACUAGAAAUGUAUUACAAAUUUGCGUAUAGAAAACGAGCAUUUCCUUUUGCACUUCUCAUCUUAAGAUAUUUAUCUAGAUUUUAAUUUUGCAUUUUCAAGAUGUUGUAAAUUAGAUGUGUUCAUAUAUAUUGAUAUAUAUUGCACAAAUUUGUUACAUAACAAUACGAUGUCUUUUAUAUGAAGAAUCAACAGUGAAGAAUUGUUCUUCAUGUAAAAGAGUUAGGAAUUACAAAUUUUUUGUUUUAUUCGAUUAUCAAGAUGUUUUUCUAUUUUUAUUUAUGUGUUAUAAAAAAAUGCUAAUAAUUGUAUCGUGGAUACGUAUAUUUACAAUGUGAAAACACUUAUAUUAUUUUUAUUUAUAUAAUGUAUUGAAUAAUUUUUAAGAGCAAUAAACAUCAUGUUUAAGUUUAA